UGGCAUGAACGGAACAGGUAAAGGCACAGAAAUAGACAUCCUCGUCGCCAAUGUUGUGGUGUUGCUAUAUUGAAAAGGUAGGAAAUAAGCAGCAUCAGACGUAGUUCAGCUUCAGUUCUUUCUUUACUCUCCCGCGUUUCUCUCUUCUUCUCUACAUACAGCAUUAUACAUCUCCAGAGCUCCCCCUUCCGUCCUUUUCAUGCAAUAACAGAACAUAACAGAGGGAAUAAAAUAAUUAGUGCCUUUAAAAAGUUAAAACAACAAUCUGAAAAGUGUGGUGUGCUUUAUUGGGUCAGAACUCUGGAGAACCUCCUCUCACUGACGGGAGGGAUGGAUGAGAACAUCAGCUUUGAUUAGGCCACUCUGCUGACCUAAACUGACCCAGAACCUCCACCAGCCUCAGGUUGGACAUAAACUGGACUCAGAGACAUGGAGGACAUGAGGGACAGUGGACAGGCUGUCCCACCUGAGAGCUGAAGAAGACUCUGAUGAAGAACAGGGACCUCACAGGCUUUUAUUUUGAAAUCUUCUUCCAUCAUGCAUUUGUGUAAGCUUAAUAUUCAGAGAAUGAAAGAAAGCAGUUACUGUACACACACACGCAUGCGCGCGCGCGCACACGCACACACACACACACGCCCACACACACUCCCCCCUGCAGUGUUGGAGCUGCUGCAGAUUCUCUGCAUCGACAGAAACCCGAGAGGAGCUGAGAUCCUCCGUCCUGCUGCUUUUCUCCACAUUUACUUCAGUUUCCAGACCCGCUGCUGGAUCCGAACCUGCCGGACCCUGUGGACCCCCUGCAGAGACACAAUGAGCCUCACCCUGCUGCUGGCUGUGGAGUGAACCAGGUGAGCUUCCAGAGAACGAUCCCUGCCUUCAGCUCCUCCUCACCAGACCGCUGCUUGACCAGUCUGAUGGCCACCAGUCCCAGUGGCGCCCCAGAAACCUGCAUGGCGGCCCAGCAGGAGCCAGAGGAGCCAAUGAGUUCACAGCCAGAGGGAGAGGCCGCCCCUCAGCUGGCCACCGCCCCUCAGCCGGCCGCCGAAGAGCAGCAAACAUCAGAUGCUCCAGAGGGCCGACCAAUAGAAAGAGAGAAAUCAGUCGACCACCUGACAGUAAUCAGUGAGGUCACAGAGACCAGUAACGGCAUUGCUCCUGUCGUGGCUCAAACCUCCCCCACAGUGUCCUCUGUGUCGCCCAAGUUUCACGCUAAGCCAGGCAGCCACAUUAAUGGCAAACCUCGCUUGGGCAGCCGGUCCGGCUCGUUGGCGGCGGGCUCACCGAGGCCCUCGCUCACCCGCCAGCCCAGUACCAUCACAGAGGUCACUGGGGACGGAUCGAAACCCAGGGACUACCUGAUCCUGGCCAUCCUGUCCUGCUUCUGCCCCUUGGUGCCCAUCAACAUCAUAGCGCUCACUUUCUCCAUCAUGUCUCGGAACAGUCUACAGCAGGGCAACGUGGACGGAGCCCGCCGUUUGGGUCGCAACGCCUUGGUGCUGUCUGUCGUCUCCAUUUUAGGGGGAAUCGCUAUCAUCGCUGCAGCCAUCGCCUUCAACUGGGGACGGAUUUUAAAAUCCUGAUGAAAUCUUCAGGACCAGAUCCAGACCAAUAUGGCGCCGGCUAGUCUCUGAAGCACUAUCGUUCCCAUCCACUUUUACCAGAUGGAAAAACUAUCGUACUUCUGUUCCAGCUUGUGGUUUUCUUUCUGCACGACGAUGAGCAUGAUCUGCCUGACGCUCUACCUCCAACACAACCAGCCAACUCUGUCCCAACGCUGACCGACGGAUCCCUCUGCGGUUCCAGCUUCGCUCCCGAUCCGACGCGCUUCUCUCCCACCAUCCUGGAAUCGGACGUUUGUCUCUGUGGAAGAGGGAUUAUUGGCGUUGAAGCAAACUGCUGGAUCUCAUGUUCUGGUGCCAAAAUGGUCUAAGUUGUUGUAAAACUGGGCGAUGCUGCUGCUAUGAAACUUUGAACUGGGGAUGGAUCAAGACUUUUACUGUGAAGGUGGGAAAGAAACGGACAACAAGGUCAAGGGUAGCAAACCUUUCCACCUUCCUCUGACCCAAACGUCGGGUUUCCUUCAGCCACUGAGUCCAGAACCGACUCAUGAUUCAGUUCUGGACUUCCGUCAGGCAGAGUUGGAUUAUCAGUCCAUCUUAAAUCAGAAGCACCUCUAAGUUUACAGUGAGUCAAAACGUCCUCAUGAAAUCAGCUGAAUUUAAGACGUCAACGAGCCACUGGUCACUGAAGUCCAGAGGUCCUAACAUCUCCCUGCUGGACUCCGACUUCAGGCUCCCACAUACUUCAUCAAAGCUGAGCUGUCAACACAGUUCAGAUCCUUCGUGGUCACAAACCCUCCCGCUUCCGUAAACGUCAUGAAGUUUGGAUGAAGUGUGUAGGAUGAGAGGAGCUCAGCUGCUGCUGCAGGCGGUUCCUCUGACCAGCCUCACCCCACCGUGGCCAGAGCACACAGACCAGAGUGUCAAAGGUCAGUCCUCUGCGGCCGGCACCCUGCUCCUGUAAGCUCUUCCCCUGGUCCAACACACCUGGACGGCUAAUCAGCAGAACCUCUGCAGAACUUUGUCAUGCCAGGAUGUUGAACCGAGGAGAGAACCGGAGCAGGAGGACCGGCGCUGCUGUGGGAAAUCCUGCAGCGACUAGACCUGCUCUUUAUAGACGAGAGGAAGAGGAAGGCUCUUCAUCAUUAAUCAGAAAAGUUCAGCUGGAUUGAAGCUAGAAGGUUUGAUUGAAUCCUGCGAAAGCAGCAGAUGGUGAAGCUGAGAAAACCCGAGAAGGCCUGAGGUUGUUAGACCUCAGGUUCACUCCAGUCUGACUGGUGAAGGUCGACCUCUGAAACCGAUCCCAUCGGGUCAGCCCCUCAGCCAUUCUUAAUGAUCCUGUCUGACCGCAGCGUCUCCGCUUACUGGACCUGAACCGAUGACUGGGAUCACAUUAUUCCCAGUCAUUCCAGGGACUUCUAUUCAUUUGGGAGCUUAGGUUACGUUUACUCUGCAUCUCCGGCUCUCUGGGCCUCUAGAUUGAGAUCAGAGCGGAUCGGAUUUUCCUCCUGAGGGACGCAGUCGGUGUCUGCUCCCAGAGUUUAGCUUCAUCUCAUCCCAGAAACGCUGAGCUGUUUCCUCUUCCUGCAGGAAACAUGAAGCUAACUGGACCAGAACCCCUGCUCAGUCCAAAGCCUUCCUUUAUGCUUUUCAUUUACAUUUGCAUCACAAUUUAGUAAAAAAAUGAAAUCAAAUUUAAACUUUCUAUUUAAUCAGCUCCAAGUCCCCAGUAAAAAGUUGAAGGUUUAAUCUCCAGCUGCCAGGAGGGAAAUUGAACCAUUUCCAACUCUAGUUACACUUUAUGAGGAUUUGAAUUCAAAUGGUUUCUAUAAAAACUCUUCAUUUACAGUCGUGGAGUUUCUGGACGUUCAUAUCAGUGGUGGGAAAACUUAUGCUAAUGUGCUAAUAGCAGAGCUAGUUCUUUGUUUAGCACUUUAGCAUUUUUCUAAAUUUGAACACACUGACACGCGUUAGCUGCGCUAACGUUUAUGACUAGUGCGCUAGGAUUAGCACUAGCUACAAACAUGCUAGCUGUCGUUGCCGACCAGAGGAGGGAUCUGACAGGAACGGUGGCUGAACUCUGGAGUCUCACAUCAGCCUGACGUUUGGGUCCAUCUUCAGUUUUUCUCCCAGUCUGCUCCCACCCCGGUUGGACGGGUAGCUGUUAGCGGUUAGCUGUUAGCGGUUAGCCCUGCAGGGCUUCUGGUGCCAAACUCUGAGGAAAAAUCAGUUCAUUUAAUAAUUCUGCAUGAUCACUACUGUGACUGGAUUCAUGUUGCUCACUGUAAAUUAUUCUUGCACACCAAUGUUGCCACGUUGCUAAUGGACUCCUGUUUGGACUAAACCCAGAUGAACUUCGCUGUACCAGAACCAGAAUCUCGUAUCACCUGUGCAUGUUUACACUUAUUACUGAAUGUUUUUACCUUCAACUGUCCUUCACUCAGCACAGAACCGCCUGAGGACCUCGGUGAACCCCGUUGGUUCUGUUCCUCGGUGGUUUCAGGUGUUGGCAGCUGGUUGAGCUCAGGUUGUUCUGGUUACUUUGCUGCUUCCCAUCUUCUUGCUUUGUUCAACAGGAACCUGCAGGUUUGGUCCGUUAGAACCAAAUGAAAGGUGCCACCAGUACCACCCGUUCCACAGCGCUGAGUGGAAACCAGGUGGGACCGAGGAGGCUGCCCGGUCCGUUACUGUUUGAGUGGAACAAGAGAACACAAAGUGGUGAAGGAACAAAGUAACCUGGACCUUCAUCAGAACCUUCUGCUGGUCCGAUCUGAAGAUGAUCAGAACCAUCAGGUCACAUUUGGACAUCUCUAGUCACUUUGUUCUUGGCUCGGCUCAACCGGCUCCGGUUCUGAUCGUAGCAUGCCUCUUUACUAACCACAUUAUGCAAGUGAAACGUAGAAUGUGCAGCUUUGGGUUCUGGGUUCUGUUCUCAGUUUGGAACCUGGUUGUUGGAACUCUUGUGCUGCUCUUUGCUGCUUGUAUGCUAACAUAAUGCUAACAUCAUGUUAGCAUGCUGCUAACGUUAUGCUAACAUUGUGACUGUAACAUGAACACCUUCCAUCUGCUGGCACAAGACGUGUAAAUAGAGAAACUGUUGGAGUUUUUAUUUGGACAGAAAAGUUUCUUUCAUCAGAUGUUUUUAGUUCUGGGGAGUGAAAAGUCCAAAAGAACCUUUUAGAAACCAAGAGUCGGAUUUCUCUCUAACUUUUUAACUAACCUGCCAUCUGUCAGUUAUCAUUUGGGAGGGUCUCAAAGCAGUUUGGCCUUGAACUAGGCCAUUACUAAUUAGCUUUGGCUCUAAGUGUUGGUGCUAAUUGGCCCCAGCUCUGAUUGGUUGGUAACUUGCCCAGAGUCCAACUGGUCAGAGUGUUUUGGAUCUGCAGUCAGUCCAGGUUCUGAAACCUGAUGGAGUCCAAACUAAUCCAGUGGUAAAGUGUGGGUGGGUCGAUAUGAACCCACAGACAUCGGCCUGCAGACGAGGCUGAGCUCACAGAAACUAAAAGUUCUGUUUGUUUCUGAACUAAAGCUCCAGACGUUUCAUUUCUGUGGGUUGAUGCUGAAUCGAUCCUCUUUCUUUUAGUUGAAUCUGUAUUUUAAUAUUUCUAUCUGUUUUGUAUUUAAUCUCCUGUUUCCUGUUCAGUAGCGAAUGAUUUGGGUUCCAGCAUGAAGCUUCACCGCCGGCGCUGUCUGAGUCUCUGCAUGCCUUAAACUGACGGAUGAAUGAGUGAAUGAUGCUGAAUAAAUCCUUCAGCCUUG